GGAGUAUUUCGAGAAACCCGCUGGGAAAAUGAAAUGGAGCUAUUCUAGCCAGGAUCUCCAAUGACGAUCGCUUAAGUUGUUAUAGCCACGAUGUGACCUUGACAAACCGAACCUGUAUAUGUCAACAGGGCAAGGCUUUGCGAGAUUGGAGGCCCAAAUUAACAUCUCCCCUCCCCCCGAGAGGAGGAAAUUAAGUAUAAGAAGGCUCACGCUUCCGAAAUCAAGAUAUUCUCAGACCUGCUCAUCAUACGAGGCCCCCAGCAGAACAUCAAACAGGUACACCGUCCUACCAUUCUCACUACUUCCGUCAAAUAUUCAUCUCUUCAAAAUGCUGUUCGUCAAAUCUUCCCUCGCCCCGGCCUACCUCGGCGCUGAGCUCGCCUUCGCCAUGACCGCCAAGCCACUCCCUGAGCCUCGAGUCGCCCGCUACGAUGAGCCUCCGUACAACAGUACCGACUCCUUGACUAAACGCACCGGCACCGAAGUCCACGCCUAUCCCUAUAGCCGCGACUGCACAGGUGAGCUGUACAUCUGGAACGGCGGCACCGACAUGUACAGCCUGUGGUGGGAGGAGGACCACUACUGUUCCUUUGACCUGUAUGCCAACAGUCUUACGUGCGACGAUGACGACCAGUUCUGGUCUAUCAACCCGCCUAAUGGCGAUGCGUCCGUUGGACCGUGCUAUCCUGCUGGAGAACACCCCAUUAACCCUGGACCUUGGAAGAGCUUCAAGGCGGACUGUCAGUGAGACAUUAGAUGAUGGGAUGGAGUUACCUGACGCAAGUUAGUAUGGGGUUCUAAAUAUGGUUUGGUCGGUAGUUGUGCGGGACGCUAAACGACAAGAAGAAAUAAAUGAAAUAGGCAUCGGAGUCGCCGUCAAGUUGGAAUCCUUUAUAUAUUUCAUCUCGCAUAACCCAGACAAAUGUAACGCUGGUAAAUCGGGAACUCUCAUUGUACUAGACUAU